UUUGAGGGAAUCAUAUCAUCUCUUUCAGUAACGACCGUCUAUUUUUAUACUUUAGUUGAAAGCGCCAAAGAUAUUCACCAUGGAAAAUAAUUCAAAUGAUCCCUGUCUUGUUGAUUUGUAUGAAGGAGAUGGCGAUGAAUUAUUGAUUCUUUUGGAAACGGAGACAGCGGAACUAAUUCGUGACUCAGAAAAAUGGGAAAAAAUUAUUUAUUCUCACAUAGAUAGAGUUGUUAACUCACCACGGAGUUUGAAAAUCGACAAUUUUAAAGAAGAUUUUGAUUGGUUAAACAGCAAACCGCUUUCUUUAGAUAAAGAACUAAAGAACAAAUUUUUAAUUUUGGACUUUUUUACUUAUUGUUGCAUUAACUGUGAACAUGCUCUCCCAUUUAUACAGCAAGUUGAAGAAGACUUCAGAGAAAAUACUGAAAUUGUUGUGAUAGGUGUGCAUUCACCAAAAUUUCUAAAUGAGAAGGAUCUUAACAGUGUUAAGAAUGCAGUUCUCAGAAACAAGAUUAAGCAUCCAGUUAUUAAUGAUCCUGAAAAUCAUCUAUGGAAUAAGCUUGGAGUGUACUGUUGGCCAACUGUUUUAAUAACAAGCCCUUCACACCAAAUUUUGUUCUCAUUGGUUGGAGAGGUACAAAUUGAGAAGCUUAAUUAUCUCUGCCAUCAAGUACUGAAAUACUUCAAAACAAAAAAUACUUUAUUGAAUACAAACCAAUUGCAGCUGACUCUUCUUGAAAAUAAUAAAGAAACUGAAUCAUUGUUAUUUCCUAGCGGCAUCUCUACUUGUGGCAAAUCCAUAAUUGUUUCAGAUACAGGACAUAAUCGUCUUCUUUUGCUAUUAUUUGAUGGGAAAAUUCAGCAUGUCAUAGGAUCUGGUGCUAUUGGACAUAAAGAUGGAUCAUUCUCAAAAGCUUCAUUUAAUCGCCCACAAGGAAUUGCUUGGUGGAAAUCUAAUUUUGUUUUUGUUGCUGAUACUGGAAACAACUGCAUAAGAAUGAUAGAUUUAAAAGCAAAAGAAGUUUCCACUGUUUUUAAGAGAAAAAAUGCAGCUGUUGAUGCAAAUUUUUCUUCUCCUUGGGAUGUCUGUAUUGGUCCACAUUUUGGUUCUGAAACAAAUGAAUUAAAUGUUCUCUACAUAGCUGUGGCUGGUUCUCAUCAAAUAUGGGCUAUGCCAUUACAAGAUGUGUCUAUCAAAUCAUCUAAUGAGCAUAAAUAUCUAGAAUGUUCUCCAUUUGCUGGUAGUGGAAUUGAAGAAUGUCGGAAUAAUAGUUACAAAAUGAAAGCUGGAUUUGCACAGCCAUCAGGUGUAUCAUAUUCAGAAUUAAAUCCUGGUGUUUUAUUUAUCGCUGAUAGUGAAAGUUCAACUAUUCGUUCAUUAUCUCUUAAAAAUGGUCAUGUUAAAACUGUUGUUGGUGGAGGCUUGGAUCCUAAAGAUUUGUUUCAAUAUGGUGACAAAGAUGGGUCAGGUUAUGAUGUGAAAUUACAACACCCUUUAGGUAUAUGUGCAGCUGAUGAAGCAACAAUAUAUAUUGCUGAUUCAUAUAACCAUAAAAUCAAACUUAUUAAUGAUAAAAAGCGAGAAUGUUCUACACUGGCAGGGAGUGGAAUUAAAGGAUCUAAAAUAAACGCUUCUUUACUCAAGUGCGAAUUUGAUGAACCAAGUGCAAUUUGUUAUUCUUCAGAUGAAAAACUCUUACUUAUUGCUGAUACCAAUAACCACAGCAUAAAGAUUAUUGAUCCUGAAACAAAAAUACUUAAAGUUAUGUCACUCACUUUUCCUGAUAUUUCUUGUGUUGACGCUCCAUUGGUGGGGUCUGGGUUCCCCUAUCAAGAUAUUUCUAAUUUCAGAAAAAUCAAUCUCAAGGUUGGAGGGAAGAUAAACUGCACUUUCAAACUGAAUCAGCCAGGAUUGUCCCUCACAGAGGGAGUCAUGCAGCCAUGGAAUCUAUCAAUAAAAGGUUCUUGUUACUGGAAUGUGGGAUGCAGAUCAAAUUCUCUUUUCCAUUCAACUUGGCAACCUUCUUUAAUUUUGAAGUGCAUUGAUGGCAGCAAAGAACAUACUUUAUCUGAAAUUAUUAUUUCAGCCAAUUUGACUUUAUGCGAUGAUAUUAAUAAUAUUUGUUUUCCCAAAGAAGUUACUGUAAAACUUGAAAUAGAAUUCUCUGAAGAAGGACUUGAAUGUUAUGAUGGUGUUUUUAUUUUUAAUUGAUAAAACCUUAUGGCAAUUUCUUAUUUAUUUGUUAUCCAGAAUUAUAUUUUAUAUUAAAUUUUUACAAAUAAAUACUAUUUUUUAAAACUUU